UUACCGGUUAGUCGGGCGAUAAAAUUUGCCUCUGAAAAAUCUUUCUAUACAGAUAUCAAUCAGUUCAUUCUCCCAUCUAACGGUGAUUCUAUCUCGUUCGAAACCAGACAAUGCGGAGCUUCUUCGAAUGUUUGUUGCUGUUGGUCUAUCUGAUAGCGACUUGCAGUACCGUGAAUGUCGACCCUCCACUGUCGUACAACGAAAACUAUAAACCACCGAAGACGUCUGGAAUUCCUGGUCCAUUGAGCAAUACAUCUGCAACAAGUGGAUACACGGGACUAAAAUACAAUAAAACAAUGAUAGGUGCAUAUCCGUCAAUUAUAUAUCGGCCUCCGCCGUGUCCACCUGGGCAGAAGCUGGAUUACAGGUCCAAGUGUCGUAUGUAUAUCUCUGCGAGUAUCAGAUCAGCUCCCAUUCACAAGUGGUUCAUUCGUCAGACCAUGAAGAGCUUCUUCGUGUAUCUGCUACUAUACUUGAUGGCAUUGGUGAUCUGUGUUUCGUCGGAAGAAUAUACCACUACACCAAGGCGUAGACCUUGGUCAAACCGUCAUCACAUCGUAAGAGCACCGUCGAGAGACUGUCCACCCGGACAGAGGCUGGACCAACAGAACAUGUGUCGUGAAAUUGCGCAACACGGAUAGGCGAAAGCCUCGGUUACAUCGAAGUGGAAUUCUCGGUAAAAGGAGCGAAAUCUAUGCCAAUUGGACGCAGAAUUUUCGGUCAGAAUGUGGAUCGAUCCUGGAGGGAGAAAAAAGAAACAGGGACGCGUUUUUUGAAGCUGUGAAUUAUUAUUUGGCCACACUUCUGGUUUAGUAUGCUGCUGUGUCUUGAGCCCUGAGGAUUAUCAUCGGUUACCUUCGUCUCGAGAAAUUGAAUUAUCGACGCAGUUAUGAAUUAGAACAAGAAGACUAUACAUAUAUUUUUUAAUUUAAUUUUCUACUUUAAGGUGUCAUCUCAUGCCCAUUAUACACUAAAGAAAUUUAAUCUUUUAUCGAAAAAUGAAUUUUCCCACUUCGAAUUUUUUC